UUUCCGGAUAUGGUCUGAUCGGGUGAAUUGAAUAUUGACAUGUAUGUGGGAAAUAAGGGAAUUUAUCUGGUUUUACAUAUAGCCAGGUAUUCAUUUAGAAAGAAUAAACAAAAAUAUCACUGUAGCAGCUGACAAACAGUUCAUGGCAACAAUGACAUGAAAAACAUUUUAAUAUAGUCUAACAACAUGAACUUUGGUCGUAUUGCAUCAUGGUCUGCGGUGGAAGUCACCUAGAAUAAUUUUGGGCACCUUAAAAAGUCGGUUAAUAAUCUGACCAACAUAAUUGUUGUUUCACUGUUAGUAAAUCACUGCAUUGACACUGUGCAGUUCUUGAGUUGACAAGACACAAAAGAAUCAACUCAUCAGACGGAAGUUAAAAAAAAAGUGUUUAGAGGAGACAGAUUAUCAGGAUAUUUAAAGCAUUUAAUUGACUUAGAGAGGUUUCAUCACAGAUUGCUGAGACAGAGCAGAUUUUAGUGGGAAGAAAAUCAAUAGCUUUAUUGAAAAAGCUAAACCAACAUGUUUACAAGUGACUACUGGCAAAUUGUGAAUGAUGAUUGGAUCUGGAUUGUUGUGGUUGCGUUCCUCAUUGCGUUCGUUCUUGCAUUUGGAAUCGGUGCUAACGAUGUGGCAAACUCAUUUGGAUCUUCAGUUGGGGCUAAAGUCUUGACCUUGAAACAGGCAUGCAUUCUUGGAACCAUAUUCGAAAUCCUUGGAGCUAUUUUGAUAGGUGCAAAGGUAUCAGACACUAUACGGAAGGGUAUAAUAUCUGUGGACCUGUUCCCAAAUGGUACUGAAGCAGAGUUUAUGGUGGGAAAUUUGGCUGCAUUAUCAGGGUCGUGCAUAUGGAUGUUGAUAGCAUCAUUUCUCAAACUUCCAGUGUCGGCAACACACAGUAUAGUGGGAGCUACUCUAGGCUUCUCACUAGUUGCACAUGGGGUUAGUGGUGUCAACUGGAAACAACUUGGAUAUAUUAUUGGUUCCUGGUUCGCAUCACCUUUACUGUCUGGAGGGAUCUCCACACUGCUUUUCUUCUUCAUAUUUAAACUUGUGCUAGUCAAGGAGAAGCCAUUAGAGCCAGGCUUGAAGCUUCUUCCUAUAUUCUAUGGGUUUACGAUAGCAAUCAACUUUUUCUCUGUAUUCUUCAAGGGAUCCGAGCUAUUACAUUUCAACAAGAUACCUCUUUAUGGCACGUUCAUAUUGACGUUUGGGCCUGCUAUAUUGUUGGCGAUUUUUAUCAAGUUUGUAAUUGUACCAUGGCAACGAAAUAAAAUUGAAAGUCAUGCAAGAUUUAUAGCGAAACAGAAAGAGGAAGAAGGCUUGAUAGAAAGUGAUAAAAAUUAUCAAGACACCUUGAAUGCACAUUCCAAAGAAGCGGCUGCAUUACGUGCCAAAUUAUCUGAUAAAGAAAAUUUGGGUGAUUUACAACCAAAAUCAACAAGUACGCCCGCCAAAAAGAAGAACCUUCCACUCAGCGUGAAAGAUUCAAAUGUCGACGAUAUUCUGGACGCAGCACAGAGCAGAAGCAAUAUUAGUGCUAAAAGUAGCACUUUGUUGAUCCCGAAAAUUGAGAGGGAAGAGUUCAUAAUCGAGGUUUCAAAACCCGAGGGAGACAGCAACUGUAGUAGCAAUAGUGGGAAUACGACAGGUAGCACUGCCAGUCUCGAAACAAAUAGUCUGAAUGAAGAGGAAAGACGAGAAUUAGCAAGAAAAAAAAUCAAAGAUACCCCAGAGACUACCAGUCUAUUUUCAUUCCUACAAGUACUUACAGCUGUAUUCGGGUCUUUCGCUCACGGUGGUAAUGAUGUAAGUAAUGCCAUCGGGCCAUUAGUAGCAAUUUGGAUCACAGCCUCAACAGGAAGUGCCGCACAGAAGGCCCCUGUCCCAAUCUGGAUCUUGUUACUGGGUGGUUUGGGAAUUUCGGUCGGACUCUGGGUCAUGGGGAGACGGGUGAUGAAAACUCUCGGGGAAGAUCUUACUAGGAUAACACCAUCAAGUGGGUUUUGUAUAGAAGUUGGAUCAGCAUUAACGGUACUACUGGCAUCAAAUAUUGGUAUUCCAGUAUCAACGACACAUUGUAAAGUGGGAAGCAUAGUGUUUGUUGGAUGGUUUAGGUCACGGGUCGGUGUGGACUGGAAAUUAUUUAGAAACAUUAUCAUAGCCUGGUUUGUGACUUUGCCUAUCGCUGGUGGACUUAGUGCGGCAUUUAUGGCGGGCUUGAGAGAAUUGGUGUGAUAACGGGAGAGAAAAAAACCAAAGGCAUCAGGAAAGAUUAUCGAGUACCUGUCAAGUAGUCUAGAUAAAUCAGUAUUGGCCCUCAGCCAUGAAAUGAUCAUGUAGAAAUUACGUAGAAACUAAACAAGAAAAGGAGUAUUGAUUUGAAAGUAGAAAAUAGGUAAAAAAAAAGUAUAAGAAGAAUUGUAAUCAGUGGAAAGGAAGUUCUUCAAAUGUUAGGUACAAAGGCAACGAAAAAGAUAAAAAGAACAGAUGAGUUAAUGAGAGUGGAACAGAUAAAAGUAGGAAUGUAAAAAAUAUCGAGAAAAGAUAAGGUAUUUUAGAAUGGUUAAGUUGGCAAGAAAGGAGUCUCUAUAACGAUUGGGCUCUCCCCAGAUAUAUAACUAUAAAUAACAUGCUGCCAGAACCUAAGUCUCUUCCAAACGGACACUAGUAUAAUGAUGUGAAGUCUUCAACUUCAUUUUUAUAGUUGCUCAAGAUAUUGAGUUGUAGUGUGUGGAAAAGGUACCUCAAGGUGUGUAGCUUCAAGGUAUGUGACCAUUUUGUGUCGAUUUGCAGUAAAACCCAACAGACUCACUCAUGUGUAGAAUAAUGUAAACUAUAAACUUUUUUUCUACCACUGAAUAUAAUACGAAAGCUGCCACUUUCCCAUGGGCAGUAGCUAUCAUCUACGCUCUUGCAGAUGCUUUGCAGUUGUAUUAUAUCCAGGUGCUUUUAAUGAUAUCAUGAAAGACACAUGGGUACCCUCCUCUUGUGAGGCCAGGAAAAUUCUCUUACGAAAGAAAUUAACUAUGCAUAGCCCAUCAAAAUGUUGGGGUACCAUUUACCAUACUGCAGCUCAUGUUUUACAUGAUAUACAAAGUAAAUGAUGAUCUGAUGUUAAUUAUUUUUCUACAAUGACAAGCUGUUGAUUGUUGAUAUAUUCUUAAGAGUUACUGUUGUGUACAUUUCUUGGAUAUCUUGAUUUGUGUGUUUCAUACUGAUAACUUUCAAUGUUUUGUAUAGAUAUAUGUUCAUUGUAUGUAAGCUUGAAGUUUUAUUUUUGUGCUAUAACUUAUUUUGUAUGUAUUUCUGUUAUGAGAGAUGAUACAAUGAGUGUAGGUGGGGUAAAAGGUGUAGACACUUUAUUUAUAUUCAAUUAGACCAUGUUUUCAUUUUCAUCUUUCCUUUAGUUGUAUUUGAAUAAUAUGUAAGGUAAUCAGUUUUACAAAUUCAUUUAAUUUUUUUGUAAUAAAGGGUGCAAUUAUUGGAACUGGAACUCUCUUGAUUAAACACCUAUUUGUAUACAAUUACAUAAUUAUAUACCACAGCAUUUUGUAAAUAGAUUUUAAAACAUGAAAAAUGUCAUUACCAUAUGUUUGGACAUGUCCUAAAUGCAAUUAAAUAUUCAUUUUUAGAAGAAAACAACAACAGAAAUUAUUAAAACAGAAAACCUUUUAUGAUGUCAUUCUUAUCCCAAAACAUUUUUGUUUUCACUUAACUUCGAUAAGACGAUGUAAAUUGUUCAAGAUAUCACCUUUGAUAUAUUUGUCAGAAAUUUUGCAAUAAAUCUACAAUAAAUUCUCCUGCUGACACUGUUUAAAAAUGGUUUUAUUUAUGCUUUUUAUAGCAUUUUUCUUAUGUUGAAGAAAUUUUAUGUUAUUUUAUUUUCAUUUACUUUUCUCAUUUCAUAUCAACGUAAAUCAGAAAUUUUUUGUACGUUUAUGUAUAUGUUUAAUCCUGUAUGCUUUGAAAUUUUCUGUAAAAAAAGGUUCAGACAUAUUUCUACAAAUUUGAACAUUAACAGAGUGUGUGCUUUAUAUGAAAGUUCUCAGUAGCAUCUGUGACUGCCCGAGUUGACCUCUGUAAGGUGAAAUGAAUUGAUUUGGUUGUCAAAAAACUGUUUUGGCCAGAAUGUCAAUUUUUUGGAAACAUGAGUUAAAGAAUUCAAUUUUCUAAUACCAAAUAAAAUGGAAUGAUUUUAUUUUUUUAGGAUUGGCACAUGAAAGGAUUCAAAAAAAGAAAUUAUUUGUGAAAGGAAAAAUGGCCACCAUCUAUGUUUGCUUAUAAAAUGUUUGUGUUCACCAGUAAGACACUUCAAGUGGAGAGCAUCUUCAAAGGACAAAUAAUGCAUUUGUCAAUAAGGUGUAGCCAAUUUAAUAGAAUCCACACUUUUAGCUUUUAGAGAGAAAAAAAUUGCCUGAAAAGGGUGAAUGUGUCUUUUGUUAAGUUAACAACUUAACCCUAUACUUUCAUUUCAGGGCUUUGGUCUACAAUAUUUUUGCUGUUAACACAGAAAUAGUGCUUUCAUUUUGUAAAUAAUUAUCUUAAUAUGCAAAUAUAAAAAAAAAAAAAAAUUAAAA